CAUCCCAUCAAAUAAUCGCCAUCAUUUUCUUCAAUUAAUUGCCAAGAAGUCACCAACCCCCCAUCGCGUCCCUCGUGACCGACGAACUUUUCUUUUUCUGGAAUGCAAGUCGCAGAGCUCUCAUGGAGAAUGAUUAACCAAUGCUUUCAAAACUCAAAACUAAUCCCACUCUCCCGUCGGCGAUUGCAAAACACGAACCGAAUAUGCAUACAUCAGUGAAGGUACAGAGUAUAUUUUUUCUGCAGACUGAUCGAUGGAGUCCGUACAGUGAAGCAGUACACAAAGCACUCUCCACAACUCUGCCCGUACGGAGAGAUCGUAAAGCCACGCGGCUUCCAUCUAGGAAUUCUGCUAUAACAGCCGUCGAUGAUGGGGCCGGAUUUUGGAUUUUGGCUUCUGCUGCUUCGAUUUGAACGCCUGCGCUGUCCUGAUGGAAUGCAGAGAGAUGUGAUGGUACGUUUUGAAGGAACAGUGGAACUGCCAUUAAGGAGGAAGAAGUUUACACGGUGGCAGGUUGGUUGUCCGAUGUGGAUGCCACGUGGAGCUGCUAUGUCUAAUGUCGCACGAGAUUCGACUGCUGUGGAGCCCUAAAUCAUGAACCGUUGAUGGUAGUUUGUGUAUGGUAAAUGAUAAAACUUUGAUAGCGAGCGCGAGAGAGAGAGUGUCUGUUUUGUCGUGCAUUUAAUGGGUGCGUAAAAGCUUUGGACUUUUCGUCUUUUUUGGAAGUUCAGACUUCACAGAGAUGGAGAAUAGAGAGAAGCUAUCCUAUCCAGAGCUGAUAUGGGAGUCUCUGUAAUGGUGUAGUCUUCAUUGAUUUUGUGAUUUUCCUACAUUUACAGUUCAAAAGUAUUGUUUUCCUAGUUUUCAAUUCAGAUAUUGUUCAAUUUCAAAGAACCUAAUUCGGAGAGUUCGUAAUGGUGGGAUCUGUGUGGAGUAGAGUGAUAUUGAGUUGUGGGAGAUUCGUGAAUUAAUUGGGUUCAAUUCAUCUGAAUUUGGAAGAGUUGAGAUUCAAUCUAAUUGGAUGAAACCAUAGCUUUUCUUAUGGUUUCUUUCAUUUUCUGGGUUUUUGUCAGUAAUUUUGAGUGCAUUUCCCUUUGUUUUCUCUUAUCCUUCUUUUAUUGAUUUUCUUGUUUGGGUGCGCUUUCCUCUCCUCCUGUCACUCUCACUCUCACUCUCCCUGUAUACGUGCUUUGUUCACGAAGAACCUGAUUCUCUCUGAACACGAGAAACGAAAACUUUUUCGCUUUGUUUUUCCUCAAAUCUCUUUUGCGUUCUUCUCUCUCUCUCUCUCUCUCCCCCUCUCCCUCUCCCUCUCCCUCUGUCUUCUCUUCUCUUCGCCGUCUCGCACGGAAGAUAGAUAUUCGGCAACUAAAUUGAUUUUCUCUCUCUAUCUGGAAACUCAAACUCCACUUUCUCGCUUCUCUCCUCGGAUAACAUUUCGCUAUCAUUAACUAAACCAAACAACUCCUCUCCCUCCCUCCCUCCCUCCCUCCCUCUCUCUCUCUCUCUCUCACAUGUACCCUGUUUGCCAUUUUGUUUCAUCACUGAAUUGUGAAAUCCAGAAGAGCUCAAAACCAAUUGAUUUCGGUCUUGAAGCUCAAUUUGAAGAUAAAUACUGACAAGUGAAGGUAAAAUAUCUUUUGGGUCGCGUUGUUCUUGAGGUGUUCGUCUCAGGUGCGACUGAUUUGGACCGAUCCGAAGCCAUUGAAGCCGUUUUAAAAGAGCAGAUGUCGUUAGCGUUGUCGUUGUUAUUGUUGAUAUUUUGAGGACGGAAAUGGACAAGGUUCGGGACGUGAAGCGUGGAGCGAGUCGGUUCUCUAAACAAUCUGGACACAAACUAUCUUCUGGUUUGAAUGGUGUUUUCAUUGGUGGUGACUUUGGGUCUUUGGAGAAAUCGAAGGAGAGAGUUAAGAGACUGAGUGCAGUUUGUAAAGAUAGCUCGAGCAACGAAGAGAUGGGUUGCUGCGAUGUCUCUGAUAGAGAAGAUGAGCAUCAUCCUUAUGUGACUAGUGUUGGUUCUGGUAAAAGAUUUAAGCUUCCCAAAAUGUUCUUUGAUGAUUGCAAUGGAGUGAAUAAUUCCCUUGUUCCAAGGAAGCUGCGAUCAGCCAUGAAGAAGCGCAACCGAGAAUCUGUAUCACCACCUUUACCGGAUUCAAAGAAGCUAAACCAAGCAAUUGGUGAAGCUGGGUCACCCAAAAAGGAUGGGACAAAGAAAUCCAAACUGAAUAUGAAAGAAGGAGGCACAGACUGGUCCCACAAGCAAGCUGGCUCUGGGCCAAUCACUAAAGAUGAGGAAGAAGUUGUGGAGACCUUGUAUUCUUUGGCUGGGAUGUUCCAUGACAGUGAUGCUACGGAUCAGGAUAAACUAAAUGGUGAAAAAGCCAACCCUCCAGCUUUUCCAGCUUUGCUGGAGGCAGAGGAAGGUCCAACAUCGACUAAAGAAGAUUCUGUGGCUGUUAAGGAAGACUUAAGUUGCCCCUCUGAAACUGCUGAGCCUUCUGAUCCCUCAUCCAGUGUUCAAAAGUUUCCUGAAGAAGCUUUUGAAGUGGAUUCUUCGAACCAACCUGUUGUUCAAGAACAAUCUAAUUUACUCAACUGCGAAAAAAUUAGCGUGGAUUUAGAUAUUGUGGUUCCUGAAUUAAAUUCACAGGCCAUUCCCUUGUUGGUAAACAAUGGUGGUGAGAAGCCACUGUGCAAUGCUAUCGACUUAUGUAUUCCACCAAAGCAAAAUCAAGACACUAACAUAUUAAAGGAAGCCAGUAACGAGGAAAGCUCCCCUCUUCAGCAGAAACCAGGGACUGCAUUGGGACUAGCUAUGGCACUCGGAGUUCAAAUGAAUCAACCACAAAUGAGAAACAAGGAACCCAAGAACAUUGCAUUGUGGCCAGGCUUGUCUUCAACAUUGCCAACUGGUGCUCAGGGUCAUGGUCCUCCUCAGUGGUCCUCAAAUAUUAAAGUUCCUGCUUGGUUGGGUACGUCAAUAUCUGUUACUGGACAAAAUUCAUUUGAGAAUGAUUUUUCAAGUGGAAAGGUUUCUCAGGUGAAGAAUGGUAAAAUUUCAUGGAAAAGGUGUGCGGCUCAUGUUUAUAUCAGUCAUCAAAUUCGAGCUUUAAAGAUGCCAGAUAGUGGAAAUAGAAUGCAGUUGUUGCCCAACCAGUUGAGACAGGAUGAGAUACCCAAGCAAGGAGUACUUGUCGGGGUAAACAAAUUCAGUGGGGUCAGAAGUGGUUUAGAUGGAGUUUCCUCUGCUAUCAGCUCUGGUAAUUGUUCUGAUAAAAAAUUAAAUGAAGUUCAUAGUGAUAUUUAUCGGCAUGGAAGGCAACAUCAAGAUCAGCCUCAGGCUUCUUUGGCACCCAAAGAAUACACUUCACCAAAGCAGGGCUUUGAUUUCUUGUCUUUGUCGGCUGGGAGUGGUGGGAUUGAAACUAGCAACAGUCUUAGCAGAGCUGUAAAUGGAUCAGAACAAUCUUCACAACUGCAAGUUCCCUACCUUCAAUCACAUGCCCAUCAUCCAAUGCUCAUGUCGUUGUCUGUACCCCAAGUACAUUACACCUCUGCUUACCCGGAUCAGCCUGCAGCAGCAACACAGCAGGCUCAACAGCAACUAUACCAUCCUUAUCUUGGCAGACCAUUUUAUGGUCCUAAUACAAGUACCACAUCAUUGACAAAGCAGCAGCAGCAGUUGCAGUACCAACAACGGUUUUGGACGGCUCAGCUGGCCUCGCAAUACAGGCCUGCUAAAACUUCUACUUCCCUGACACCAUUUCCCAGCUGGCAAAAUGGGAGGCAAGACUAUCCAGCCCUGAUCCCGCGUUCCCAGCCUGCGAUCCCUCUGCCCUUGUCUUUCGAAGUACUUGGCCCCAUGUACCCUAAAGUUUCUCAACAACAGCAGCAGCAGAUUCUUUGUUCCCAGCCUGCUAUAGCUCCUUCGCUAUCGUCUCUAGAAGUACUUGGCCCCAAGUACCCUCAAAUCUCUCUACAACAGCAGCAGCAUCUUAUGUCAAUCAGUUCAUCAUUGCGACCUGCUGGGGAGAAAAGCCAAGAUCACCACCUAUAUUCUGUUUAUGAAGAAACUGGUGGCAGUUUCCGUGCAAAUGGAGCACUGCCAUUGCAGUUACUCUGCAAUGAGCACCUCUGAAAUUCAACAGGCAUAAUGUAGUUGAUCAGAUUUGAAUAGAUAAAAAUUACAUUGUUUUAUUCUUUUCUUCUGUUGAUACUUUUGCCCUUGAUGCUUCACUUGGCAUGAUCCUAAAGAGAAUAUUUGCUAAAGAUGUUUCUUGGGAUCAGCAUAGAAGGGAAAAGCAGACAACAUAUGAACAUACAGAAGCUUAGUUUUAGCCUGAGACCUAAACUGUUUGGGUUGGGUUGCAAGUGUCCUACGUGAGCAUGCUUGGUCCUUGAAGCAGACAACAUAUGAACAUACAGUCAUACAGAUAACAAUGGAUUGUUAGCUUAGAUUGUAAACUUAAAUGGAACGGGAGGUGAUGAGUUCAAGUUUCAUAGAUUUUUCCAUUGUCGUAAUUUGCGAGAUGUAUCCUUACUCAAUCUGUGAGAUGGUAAACUUAACCGCAAUCGUAAUUUGCAAGAUGUAUCCUUGCUCAAUCUCUGUGUUAUCUUUUGAGUGGAUUUAAUAGUUAUGUACAACUCCAGCCUUCAGAGAUUAACUACCAUUCUCUGUUGUCCCUAUUUUUCAUACAUUUGCAGUUCUGAACAUUCUGAAACUUUGUUCUGUCAAAUCAUAUACAGAGGGAGGAACGUUAUCCAUAACUUUUAAAAACAGCUAAAAACAACAUUGUGAUGGACCUAGGAAAACCAUGCAAAACUCACCCAUUACUCCAAUUUCCGCAGUACAACGUUUAUAUAAUACAUAUUAGAAAAAGGCAAGCUAAUAAACUGAAGUUCUAACAGACACAUUAGAACCUAUAAAAAACACAUUACUAUAGCUAAUACAUGAA